ACAUAUAUUUUAUUUUCAUGUUCAUCCUCUCCCAAAAAAAGGAACAUAGAUUUUGAGAUCCAAACAGAUAUGAGACACACCAUCAACACAAGAGAAGGAGAGAGAAACAUUUUUUCAAAACUCCAACCACAAGAAGCUUCUAUGUCUCUGAAGCUCAUAGAUUCAUGUCUGAGGCUAAGUGUGAUUCCUGUCAGUGUUGCAACCAUCUGGUUAACCGUCACUAUUCACCAAUCCAACCCUGACUAUGGCAAUCUAGACUACAACUCCAUCAUGGGUCUCAAAUAUAUGGUUGGUGUUAGUGCCAUAUGUGGUAUUUAUGCUCUGCUCUCUACUAUUUCUUCAUGGGUCGCAUGUUUAGUCUCCAAAGCUUGGCUCUUCUUUGUCCCUGACCAGGUCUUAGCUUAUUUGAUGACAACAUCGGUAGCAGGAGCAACAGAGAUAGUGUAUUUGCUUAACAAAGGAGACAAAACAGUGACAUGGAGUGAAGUUUGUUCUUCUUAUCCACACUUCUGUUCAAAACUCACAAUUGCUUUGGGGCUUCAUGUCUUUGUUCUCUUCUCCUUCUUAUUUCUCUCUGUUAUUUCUGCUUAUAGAGCUUUUAGCGUCUUUGAUCCACCUUGUGAUUCUCAAACCAAUUGUGAUGCUUAAUUAGUCAGUAUUGAAUCGUGUGUGCGGCUUUGGAGUCGAUAUUUAUUUCGAUGUUGCUAGAGUGUUUUUACUUUCUUCUCAAAGUAAUAUGAUUUGUUUUACCUUUA